AUGAUUGAUCAUCAAUUAGUUAAUGAAGAGGAAAGCUCCAAAACUCAGUCUCCAGACAAAAGUGAGGAGAGUGAAAACGACAACGCAAUGCCAAAACGACCCAAAAAGAAAGGCAAAAAAGUAAUAAUGAAUGUCGCACUUACAAAAUAUCAGGUUGUUAAAAAGACUGCAAGUAAAUUUUUUGGCUGAAAAUUAACAAAAAAAGAAGACGAUGAAAAUUGAGAUAUUUUUUGAACAGAUGCUUCAGUUGAGCCUGAAAAACUUGCUAGAAUGAAAAUUUAUCAAAAAAUCAACCAUUUUCCAGGAAUGUAUGCGCUUACUAGAAAAAAUCAUCUUGCUAAAAAUUUGAAUAGGAUGAGGAAGCAGUUACCAGAAGUCUAUAAUUAUUAUCCUAAAACCUGGCUUGUUCCUGCAGAGCUAUCUGACCUUCGUCUUUACUCAAGCAAGGAAAAAAAUCAAGUUUUUAUAGUGAAGCCUGAAGCGAGCUGUCAAGGAAGAGGAAUUUUUCUGACAAAGAAAUUUGAUGAUUUUUCUUUUGAUGACAGAUAUGUCGUUCAAGAAUACAUAAAGCAGCCAUUUUUAAUAGAUGGGCUCAAAUUUGACUUAAGAAUAUAUGUGCUCGUCGCAGGCUGUGAUCCUUUGAGGAUUUAUUUGCAUAAAGAAGGACUAGGAAGAUUUGCAACAGAGCCCUACUCUCAGCCAAAUGCAAGCAACUUAGCAAAACCGUGCAUGCACUUAACAAAUUACGCAAUUAAUAAGAACAAUGAAAACUUUGUAUUUAAUGAGAAUGAAGAAGAUGAUGGUGUUGGCCAUAAGCGAAGCUUGACUUCUAUAAUGAAAUACCUUGAAGAUUCAGGCCACAACACAGAAAAACUCUGAAAUGAAAUAAAAGCAAUGAUAGUGAAUACUUUAAUAGCAGCCCAACCAAUGCUUUCUCAUACAUACAGAGCAUGCCAACCAGAUGACCCUUCUAACAGCAUGUGCUUUGAAAUCCUUGGCCUCGACGUCAUGCUGGACAGCACUCUAAAGCCAUGGCUUCUCGAGGUGAACCAUUCUCCUUCCUUUACCACCGAUUCUCCACUUGACUGAAAAAUAAAAUUCGAAGUAAUUAGCCAAGCUCUUACCUUAAUGAAUAUUUCUUAUAGCAAUCGAAAAACAGCUGAGUCUAAAAGGAAAAAGAGUAUACUUACUAGAUCCCUUACAACCUCGCAAGAGAAAAAAGAAAUUAAGCAGCAUGAAAUUAGAAGAGCCCAAAGGAAGCGGGAUAUAUGGGAACAGAAUAAUAUAGGAGGAUACACAAAAAUUUAUCCUACUGCAAACCCAAAAGAAUAUGAAAAAAUCUUUGAAACUUCAAGACAAGUCUACGAAGAAUGGGCAGGAUAUAAAAAAGUUAAUAAAAAAGAGGAAAAAGCCCAAGAGCUAAAUAGGCCGAAAUCGCAGCUCAUGAGAACUAAAGCAUCAGGCUUCCAGAAAAAAGAGACUGAUUGCCAGAAUCAAAGAAGUAUGUCAAUUAUUAUGUGUAACACUGAAAGCGAGGCCAUUGCUGAAGGAUUAGUAAGGUCUUCAACGCCUUGCGUGUAUAAUAGGCUGUAUAGUCCUGUUAAAAGAACAUACAAAAAUGAAGGCUUACAGAGCAAUUUUCCUAUGGUGCAUUUAGACAAGUCUCAUCAAUCCGAAGUUCCAGUUAGACAGAGUCUUAUUAUUGAAACAUCUUCUCAAAAUAACAAAAAAUCCCAGAGUCCUUGUAGAAAACCCCAAAAUUCUACAAUAGAAGACCUUAUUAAUGAGUCAAAAGCUAUCGAAAACUUAAAAAAGAGGCUAAUUUACUAUAACUCUCCGCUAAAAAUUCAAUCAGUUCAAUUAAGCCAUAACUCAGAAGAUAAUUCAGUUAACAUUUCUGAGUUCCAAGAUUUGCAAAUUCCAAAAAUAAAAUGCCCUCAAAUCGAAUAUAUUAGAAAGCAAUCUAAUAAUCUCCGAAACCCUGCAUAUUGGAAAAAGGUUCUUACUCGACUGGAAAAGCAAAAUUAA